GCUAGAGUCUAAGUGGUGAGGUUUGGAACCGCUAAUCCGGUUGUGCACUUAUCACCAUGGUUGACACCCGGAGUGGGAAGAGCACUAGCCCUUACACCCAGGAACAGCAAGAGAAAAUGGCCGCCCUAGUGAGAGAAAAUAAGGAGAGAAAAGAGCUCCUGAAGCAGGCAAAGCUGAAAGCUAUCGCAGAGGACCAGGCGACGAAGAUGAAGAAGUUGGAGGAGGAGAUGGAGGAGAAGAAAAAGGCUGCCGAGGAAGAAGCAGCAGCAGAGGCAGAAGAGCAGAGAAAACGCAGGGAGGUAAAAGGGGAAAGUAGUGGCACGGCAAAUGAGGAUGCAGCCAUGGAGAAAAAGAUCAGCGAGUGGAUUGCUAAUUUAUCGUUGGGGGAGGAUAAGGAGGCAGAGCAAGAAGUAGAGGAGGAGAAAAAGUUGGAAUGGAAACUGAGGAUGAAGAGAGAAAAGAAGAGGAGGAGGGAGGAAGUUAAUAGGUUGACCGCAGAAGUGGCAAAAGUGAGGGAUUGUAGACAAGAAGUGCAGGUGCAGACAGACAUGUCUGCCAAAAUGGAUAAGAUGCUGGGAUACUUGGAAGUGUUGAGUGCGGCUUGGAUGGAGGAGCGCCAAGCCAACUGGGGUCACGAUGUGGCCCUGAAGGCCAUGCGGUCAGGAUUUCGGGAUUUUGCGUGCGAUAUGGUCACCCACGUUGGGGGCGAAGUUAGACGGUUGAGAGACAAUGUGGGAAAGUUCUGUGAGGGCGCUAUUGAGAGUGCCAAAGCGGUAGCCACUGUCGAUAGUGAGGCCAGGCCUCGUAAGGAGCCCGUCAAACUGAAAUUCCCAGAUGCAUACGGCGGGAAGGAGGAGAAUUUCGAUAACUGGGAGGCAAGCGUCAAUAAGGGAGUCCAGGCGUACUUUCGCCUAGAGAAGGAUGGGAAGGUGGAGAAAGUUCUCCAUUCCCUGACUCUCCUCGUACAAGAUGACCUUCCUUUUGACAUAGUGUUAGGAAUGGAUUGGGGAGAGGGAGCAGGGGCCACACUCCACUUGAGAGAGCACGAGUGUAGGCUCCCUAGUCCGUCAGGCGAGGUUAAGACUGCCCGCCUGUUUCAUGUGUCCGGUGUAGACAACACUCUGGCACAUUGCUGUCUCAGUGCUCCCGCGUUGGCGCGACUAGUGAAAAAAGAGCAACUAGAGGACCAGGUCUUUGUAGUAUAUGUCAGACCUGUCACUGAGCCUAAGGAAGGGGAUAGUUCCACGGAUCCAACCAUUGCCAAGCUGCUGGAGGAGUUCAAAGAUUUGACCGAGUCGCCGACAGGAGUAGUGUCGCGACCAAUCCAGCACAGAAUAGAAAUAGAGCCUGGCAGUAGGACUCCUAAGGGAGCAGUCUACAGGAUGUCCCCUAGAGAGUUAGAGGAGCUACGUAAGCAAUUGGACGAGCUCCUGGAGAAAGGUUGGAUCAGGCCCAGUUCGUCUCCUUUUGGAGCACCAAUUUUGUUUGUCCCCAAGAAGGAAGGAGAGUUACGUAUGUGCAUAGACUAUAGGGGUUUGAAUGCCAUCACAGUGAAGAAUGCGGAGCCGCUGCCUAGGAUAGACGAUCUUUUAGAUCGGGUGCAGGGUUGCAAGUAUUUUUCCAAGAUAGAUUUGAAGUCCGAGUAUCAUCAGAUAGAAGUCCAUCAUGAUGACCAGUACAAGACUGCGUUCCAGACUCGUUAUGGGCAUUAUGAGUUUAUAGUGAUGCCCUUUGGACUAACCAACGCGCCAGCUAAAUUUCAGUGUUGUAUGAAUGAUCUGUUUAGACCGUGGUUAAACAAGUUUGUAGUAGUCUAUUUAUAUGAUAUAUUAAUCUUCAGCAAGCCCCUCCAAGAGCAUCAGGUUCAUUUGAGGCAGGUCUUGGAGAAGCUAAGAGAGGCUAACUUCAAGAUCGACCCGGAGAAGUGUGAGUGGGCCAAGACACAAGUUUUGUACUUGGGCCACGUGUUAGACGGAGAUGGCAUUAAGCCAGAGGACAGCAAGAUAGCGGCAAUUAGAGAUUGGCCAACGCCCCGCACAUUGACAGAGUUGCGGUCGUUUCUAGGCCUAGCCAACUACUAUAGAAAGUUUGUGAGGAACUUCUCUACUAUGGCCGCUCCCGUGCGCAGGUUGCUUAAGAAAGAGGCAAUCUGGCAAUGGCACAAAGAUUGUACGUCUGCGCUAAAAAGACUGAAGCACGCGCUAAUAAAGUAUCUUGUCCUCAAAGUAGCUAAUUCGUCUUCGCCAUUUGUUGUCACCACGGAUGCGAGUCAGUACGCCGUGUUGCAGCAAGACGACGACAAUGGCUACAGACCCGUAGAGUUCAUGUCAGCAAGGAUGCCCUCAGAAAAGGUUGCUACCUCGACGUACGAGAGGGAACUCUACGCUCUCAGUGAGGAGAUCCGUAGUCUGAUCCUAGGGGAAUGCCAUGACACAGAGGGACACUUUGGUUGGCAUCAGACUUUAGCCAAUCUGAUGCUACCACCUCUGUCGACGGACGACGGAGUAGCGGUUGUUGACCUUCGUAACUAUCUUGCGAAGAUCGACCGCGAGCACGCAACGCAACGGUACGUCGACAUCGACGCACCGCUCCUCUACAUCCGCAUUCAGAUUGGAAAGGCGACCUGCAGUGCCUUGAUCGAUUGUGGAGCGUCUCGCAACGACAUCAGCCAAGACUUCAUGGCACGCGCCAGGCUUGGCCCACGCGUUCGAAGGAAAAGUCAGCCUACGCACGUCACGUUGGCCGAUGGUCAUACGCAAAAGUCAAUCGACCGCUGCAUUGACUCCGUGCCCGUGUACUUUGCCCCGCUAGCACGCGAGGCCGUGUCAUUGGACAUAUUGGACAUAAAGUUCGAUAUGAUCUUAGGCAUGUUGUGGCUGCAAAGCGAAGACCAUUUGGUGAAGUUUUAUCGACGCACCGUUCACGUUCGUGAUCGGUGUGGUGAACUAGUUCCGUGUACGGUGCCGCUUCCUCAUCCUUCGAUUGGUUGUCACGUGGUCUCCGCGACGAGCAUUCGCCAAUCCAUCCGGCGGAACGACAUCGAGGAGAUGGGCAUAUGUUUUCUUCACGCCCUCCCACCCGGUGAUCAGCCCAAGACAGACACAUCGGACCCACGCAUCAUUGAGCUUUUGGACAGCUAUGAGGAUGUCUUCCAAGCUCCCGCCGGAGUCGUACCGGAUCGGCCCAUACGCCACGGGAUCACUCUCGAGGACGGCGCCGUACCUCCGCGCGGAUGUAUCUACCGCAUGAGCGAAGAGGAGCUUCAAGUGCUUCGGGCACAACUAGACGACCUCUUGGUCAAGGGCUGGAUUCACCCUAGUUGUUCGCCAUACGGUGCUCCCGUUCUCUUCGUCCAGAAGAAGAACAAGGACCUUCGUUUGUGCAUCGACUAUCGGAAACUUAACGCGCAAACGAUCAAAAACGUCGGCCCUCUCCCUCGGAUCGAUGAUCUUCUCGAGCGACUAGGCGGCGCCAAGUACUUCUCGAAGCUUGACCUCGAGUCCGGAUAUCACCGGAUCGAGAUCCAGCCAAUAAUUCGGUAUAAAACCGCAUUCAAGACGCGGUAUGGGCACUUUGAGUGGAUCGUCAUGCCUUUCGGUCUCACCAAUGCCCCGGCUACCUUCCAAGCGGCUAUGACGACGGAAUUCCGCGACCUACUCGACCACACCGUGCUCAUUUACCUUGAUGAUAUCUUGGUUUAUAGCCGGUCGCUGGACGAGCACCUCAAGCACCUUCGCGCCGUUUUGGAGCGGCUCCGUAUCGCCAAGUACAAAACGAACCGCGACAAGUGUGAGUUUGCCCAGCAAGAGCUGGAGUACUUGGGCCAUUACGAAUUGCUAGCUUUUGUCACCGUACUUAAGCGUUGGCGUCACUUUCUCCUCGGGCGUCGGCGAUUCACGUGGGCAACGGACAAUAAUCCGUUGACGUAUUACAAGACGCAAGACACGGUGAGCAGCACGAUCGGUCGCUGGAUGUACUUCAUCGACCAGUUCAACUUCACCUCCAAGCACAUUCCGGGCUCCUCGAACAAGGCAGCGGAUGCUCUCUCGCGAAGACCCGAUCUUUGCGCCUUGGUGAACUCCACAUUCCGCCUCGACGAGAACCUGCAACAGCAUUUCGUAAACGGCUACAAGUCGGAUCCGGGAUUCUCCACACUCUACGCGGACUUAUCAUCGGAUCAACGGUCGGCAAGCAAUUAUCGCAUUGUCGACGGCUACUUGCUUCUCCAUACACGAGGCAAGGACUUGUUGUGUGUUCCCCAAGACCGCAUCUUGCGCACUCGCCUCCUUGACGAAUACCACGAUUCGCGGCUGGCGGGACACCUUGGCGUCGCACGCACACUUGCACGACUCCGCCAGCGAUUUCACCGGUCGGACACCAUCAGCGACGUCAACUGGUACAUUCAGUCAUGUGCAGUUUGCCAUCGGAACAAAGGGCGCCAUCAGCUCCCGUACGGCGAACUGAAACCUUUGUCCAUUCCUCGUGAACCAGGUCUUUCCAUUGCUAUGGAUGUGACCGGUCCUUUCCCUCGCGAUCGCCUUGGCCAUGAUGGUAUUCUCACGGUCGUCGACCGUUUGAGCAAGUACGCUCGAUUUCUUCCAUGUAAGUAUCAUGGGACGGCUCCCGAGCUCGCACGACUUUUGCACACUGGCUGGUUUUGCAGCCACGACAUUCCGGAAGAUAUCGUAAGCGACCACGACACUCGUUUCAUGUCAGCCUUUUGGACGACACUCAUGGUGGAAUCCGGCAUCAGCAUGAAACCGAGUUUCGCACGACAUCCUCAAACGGAUGGGCAAACGGAACGUGCGCAGAUGAUGCUCCGCACACUCAUCCGCCCGGAUCAGAAGGACUGGGUUGACCGCCUUCCCGACAUCGAAUUCGCCUACGACACUUCGGUGCACCCGGCGAUUGGCGUGACUCCAUUCGAGUUACAUCACGGUGGACGGAAAGGACGUAUCUUCGCAGACAUUUCGCUUCCACGGGCUGCCGAUAUCGACGCCGCUUGCUCCCCCGCUUCUACACGGAAGUACAGGGAACUGCUGGCCAAAGCCCGCGCAAACAUGCAAAAGGCUCAGAGCUGGGAUUAUGGGAUUCUGAAUCAACAAUGCAAGCAUAGCUUGGAAGUGGUUGACACUGUUGUUGCAGAGUGCAACAGAGGUAUCUUGUUGAAUAAAGUUCAGAGGCUCAAAGAAGAAGGUUACACACGGAUCAACAACACAGUUGUGGCUGCUUAUGGUUCUGUAGAUGGCAUAUGCAAGGAUCCACCAAACCCACGUCGUUUUUCUACUCAGUCUUAUGCGGCGGGAUCACCUGUUGUGGGCAUCACUGCAUCAUCUUUCGCACCAACCUUUGGGAUUGGACCGCCGAAGAAGCCAUGGGAUACGCCCAAAAGCUAUGCCUCAACCAGAGGGCGUGCCUGGUUGAACAAUGUGACUCUCAUGAAUUACCCCGGGCGGGGGCUGUGUGGUGAAACCAUGAGGGCUUUCCAAACCAAUAGAAACUCACCUGAUGCUUUUCCUUAUCACGAGUUGUCAAACAUUAAGUUUCAGCAAGUUGCUGAUUCUGCAAAGAUCUAUAUUCAUCAACCUAAUCCAAUGUGGAGAAAUCCAAGUGAUUGCUGGGAAAUGGAUUGUGAUGGCCUGCUCAAUGUGAUGAUGCGGGAUCUGGAUGGCAGCGUUACUGGGGUGAAGGGUGGCAUAAUCCUGGGUUAUGCAGGCUUCCCAAGACAGGCCAAUGAGUCCCAAGGAGUUAUCAUAUUCCCAGAGCUGUGUACUCUGAACACUUUUUGGCAGGGUUAUGUUUGCCCGCCCCUGGAUUACACAGCGUUCAUUUUCGAAAGUCGCGACAUAGAUACGGAGACCCGGAUGUUCGGACCCGUGAGAUUUCAGCAGGAGGGGAGGGUGAACAUUAUGAACGGGAUGAUGGAUCAUGGAUGGUGCUUCAGCUACACAUGCCUGAAGCGUCUGUCAACCUAUUACACAUAUGUCUUGACAAAUAGAACCUUGACUGUCCGCACAACAGGAACCCAGCCAAGGACGGUCAAUCUGAUGAUACCAUUUGCUCGUCCCUUCGAGGAGCUUCUGGUCAGGGUCCAGUACUACGAGGUGUCACGUCGAUACCUUUGGACAGAAGGCUUGGGACGUCUGGCUCCCAUGUCAAGGCCACCAACGCUUCGUGAUGGUCUGGAGCAUGGUGCUCAUUUCUGGGAGCAGGAAACUCGCACAAUGCACGUUCUUCUGUCUGGAGGAUUCAGAAGGAACACUGGCGUCGAGAUUCGGAGUGAGCCAUACGUCAUUAUUGGCCUCACAUUGGCAAUGUCCUUCAGGGACUUUUUUGAGAAAAUGUUCAUCAACAACGUUGCUUCUCUGCUUGGGGUCGAGACAUCGCGCAUCAAGGUUGUUAGUGCUAAGCCCGGGUCCACCAAAGUGAACAUGCAGGUGGACCCUGCACCAGGAGAGUUCUCAGAGCCCCUCCCUUUCAUCCAGCCAACCACCAUCCCUGAGGGUGAUGUUGCCAAAGACCCGCCCACAUCAGGAGGACCAGCAACUAUACUGCCGCCUCCCCCGCCCCCAUCGUCCGAGCCAGAUCUCUCAGUCGAACAGCUGACAGCACCAAGCGCCAACAAGUCAUUGGCCACCAUCGUGCGAGCUCUGCAAAAGACGGUGGCCGAUGGAUCGUUCGCGGGGCAGCUGGGUGCUCCACUGGUGGCAAUCAACAUAACGUGGGAAUCUUCACAAGGAAGACAAGCGGUUCCUCUUGUGGCGGAAGUGCCCGAUGCAGAAACAUGCAUCAGCAGUGGUCUCAGCUGCCCACCCUCCCAGAUGUUUGUAGCUGGCUGUGUGUGUGUGACACCGCUUUUAGCCGAGAUCGCAUUUACUGGCGUUGACUUUGACACGUUCCACACAAACCGGACAGCAAAGGAUAUACUCCUUUAUGAGCUCAGCAGUCAGUUUGGGGUGCUGAUGACUCAGGUUCUACUACCAGGAGACGAGAGAAGGCUUAGGGCCGAGACAAGGGCCCGCAAUCUAGAGACUGCGAGACAGGCAGCAGCAGUGGCUGAACGUGCGUUAGCAGCAGCAGCAGCUAGUGCGGUAGCAAUGGCUACCUCUUCAUCCACUUCUGCUGCAAACUCAACUGGUCAGAGUCUGGGUAUGCCACCCAACACGACCAGUUCACAGUCCAUCUCCAGUACGUCAAGAACUGGCACUAGUCAGAUGGCAGGUUCGCAGUUCAGCUCGCCACAUCCACGCACCCGGGAGCAGAUGGAGCUCCAACAAGUAGAGAGGAUUCGCUUAAGGCUAGAGGAGGAACUCAGACAGGCUACUAAAAGAGAGAAAGAGAUUAGAGAUAGGAGUGUCAGACUAGAGGGUAGGGAGGCAGACAAGGCUGCGCUAGAGGGGUUAGAUGACUCGACCCUUAGCAAUAACGAAAAGAUUCUGAAGGCGAGCAUCAUGUCCAUGCACGCAUAUAUGGACAGUAAACUGGAUACAAUCCAAGACACCUUAGACCAGAUCGUGAAUGUCAUGCAUAGGCCAGGAAUCAGGCCAGCAGUCUUGCCAUCGCCGCCAUUCUCAGCGACGACAUACCCCUAUGCCGCUCAAUCCGGACCACCUCCAAGUGGUACAUCAGCAGCAGCCCUAUCUCAGACUGUUGCUUCUUCAUCUUCUGGUCCAGCGACUGGUGCUACACCACAAUCGCCACUUGUCUCGCCUGCGGGACAACAAUUUCCUUGGUAUCCCAAGACCCCCCUGAAACCACCUCCCACCUUCUCAGGAGAUGAGAAGGACGAGGCUCUCGACACGUGGUUGAUAACGGUGCCAGUGUGGGUGAGGGCAAAGAGGACAUUGGUAGAGGAGGAAGUGAUUACUGCUGCAUCCUACUUAGAGGGGUCAGCAACUCGCUGGCUAAAUGGAGUGGUAGCUUCAAAGGGGUUCGGCAGGAACAUGGGUGAUUGGGCACAGACCCACACCCUAGAAAGCUUUAUGGACUUAGUGGAAGCACGGUGGCACAAUCCUCAGCAGGCACAGAUUGCCACUGAUGGAUUAUUAAAGCUUAAUGCUAGGAAGUACAAGUCAGUGCGAGAGCUUACCACAAUCGUAAAGCGCCUGAUCGUUGUCUCAGGAGUGGAGUACAAUCCACAGGUCUUGUUGACCACGUUCUUGAGAUGUCUUCCCACAAACAUCAAGAACUUAUUGGCCAGUGAGGCUCGUAGAGAGUAUCAAACCUUUGAGACAUUCAGCAAGAAGGCCCUGGACUUAGAGGCUACACUGGGUAGUGCUCAAACCCUUUCUACGGACGGGAGAAAGAAGAAGACUCCACAGGAAUGGAAGAAGAAGGGUAGUCGAUUGAUGAUGGUUGAUUCCGAAGGGAAUCAAACUGAAAUCGACGAAGUUUCUGAACUUAUGGAGAGUGCAGAGUUAGACGGCGAGGAGAGUGCUAAGGGUAGCAACCUCGCCGCAGUAUUUAAGACUAAGGCAGCAGACCGCGGCAAGGGCGGUCAGCAAAGGAGUCAGGGGCAGGCCGCCAACCCAAACAAAAUAGCAGCUUGGGUUAGGGCAGGCCUGGAUCAAGAAGUGUGGCGGGGCCGUUGGUCGGGAGGUGCUUACAUAAACUGUGGCGAGUACGUCCAUAUGCAAUUUAAAUGCAAGAACCUGAAGGUCUCGCAGAAGAUCCCUCCUAAGGUCUGCACCUUCUCCUACCCAGGAGGAGAGAGAAAUCAUAAAAUAGCAUUCCUAGUGAGCGACGAGUUGCCCUUCGACAUGUUAUUGGGCAUGUACUACCUCGAGGUUGCCAAACCCCAGUUCGACUGGGACAAGAAGGUGUUAAAGCACGAGUUGCCUAAUGGGAGGGCCGUUAGACUGGCCAAGUAUACAGCCAGUAGGUUAAUAAACUCCUAUGGGUGCUUAUGCGCAUCUGUCUUCUAUAACUAUUAUAAACAGAACCAAGAGGAAGGAAUGCACUUAGGCUAUGUCUCUGCAAAAGGGGAGGCCGUUAAAACACCCCCAGAGAUAGAGACCAUCGUCACUAAGUACCCUGAUCUGUUCGAGGAACCCUCAGGAGUCGUAGACAGGGAGGUUGUCCAUGCCAUAGAGAUCAUCCCAGGUAGCAAGACACCUAAAGGGAGAAUCUAUAGGAUGGCUCCGACCGAGUUGGACGAGCUUUGUCGGCAACUCAAAGAGCUCACAGAAAAGGGUUGGAUACGGCCUAGCACAUCCCCCUUUGGCUCACCAGCUUUGUUUGUUCCAAAGAAAGGGGGAACACUAAGAAUGUGCAUUGAUUAUAGAGGGCUCAAUGCCAUCACCGUUAAGAACGCAGAGCCUCUACCACGCAUCGACGACCUAUUGGAUAGGGUGCAGGGAUGCAAGUACUAUACAAAGAUGGAUUUAAAAUCCGGCUACCAUCAGAUUGCCAUAAGACCAGAGGACCAACACAAAACCGCAUUUCAGACCAGGUACGGUCUGUACGAGUUUGUGGUGAUGCUCUUUGGCCUUUGCAAUGCGCCGGGUACAUUCCGGCACACCAUGAAUAGUAUCUUCCAUGACUACUUAGAUAAGUUCGUUGUCGUGUACCUCGACGAUAUACUUAUCUUUAGUAGAAUUGUCCAGGAGCAUGCUCAGCAUGUAGACAAAGUACUUUCACUCCUCCGGCAGCACAAGUAUAAGAUAAAUGCAGAGAAAUGCGAGUUCGGUCACACUCGAAUCUUGUACUUGGGUCAUGAAGUAUCUGUGGACGGGAUUAGGCCCGAAGAUGCGAAGGUGGCUAGCAUUAGGGAUUCGCCACGACCCCAGUCUGUGACUGAGGUCAGAUCAUUCUUGGGAAUGUGUGGUUAUUACCCCAACUUCGUAAAGAACUAUAGCACAAUCGCAUCUCCAUUGACUGAUCUAACUCGACUUGACACACCAUGGGACUGGACCGACGAGUGUGAGGCAGCUUUCAAGCGUUUGAAGCACGCUCUCACGCACCAUGAGGUUCUCAUGGUACCCGACCCGCAAAGGCCAUUUGUUGUAACCACUGACGCAAGCCAAUAUGGCAUUGGCGCAGUGCUGGCUCAGCAGGAAGGGAAAAAGUUGAGACCGGUCGAGUACAUGAGCAAAAAGAUGUCAUCAAAGAAGUUGGCAAAGUCCACCUACGAAGAGGGAACUCUGCACUCUCUACAAGGCACUUGUCCACUGGAGGCACUAUCUGUUAGGAAGUAUGACUUCAAACUAGACUAUGUGAAGGGAGAGUACAACAAGGUUGCAAAUGCGUUAUCUAGAAGGGUAGAUUACUUGGGUGCGCUGAUUUCUGAGUUUGGCCUAUCUGAGGACGUGACUCGAUCUUUGGAGGAAGCCUACAAGGAAGAUCCCAUCACGAUGGACAUCAUCAACAAACUACAGGCCAAAGACAAGGCCACCACUGACGAGUUUGUGACGGUGGAUGGAUUACUCUUUCUUGAAAAGGGAGGGUACAAAAGGUACAUCGAAGACGAAGCUAGAGCUAUGGCACCACAGAGUAGGAUGGGGAUCAUGGGGCUAGCGAGACUUCGAAUGGGAGUCGUGGCGCCUAUCAAAGAGAAAGCUAGGGGGACCGGGAAGCAGAAGGUAGGCCGGUCCACGGGUCAGGGCAACCAAGGAACACCCGCAUGGGUAAAACUUGGUUUAGAUUACGAGGUGUGGAGAGACCGAGUUGCUAAGGGCACUUGUAUGAACUGUGGCAACUAUGGCCACACGUCCAGAACUUGUCGAGGCACGAAGGUCACAAUGAAGGUAGCCUCUCCAACGGUGAUGGGUUUAUCUUCGAACCCUCGCAGUGCUUCUGUGACCACUUCGCAGGGAAACACACCGGGCCAGGUAACGUUGCCUUCCCCACUUCAGGCGUUGCCCAAGGCUAGUGACCCAUCCAUCGUCCCGCAGACACAUUCAGAUGCACCGAUGCUUUGUUCAAGAGAUGUAUCUGAUUCCCUAGAAGAGUUAAAGACUGAGUGGUCAGGGAAGGACCCCAGAGACUCUUGGGCGAUGAUUAGUAAAGGUCCUAUGAGUGAACAUUUUGUGGUAGAGGUUGAUGUAGGUGGCCGCAAAGUGGGUGCCUUCGCAUACAUAGGCUCUACACGGAACUUCAUCAGUCGAGCAUGUGUGGAUAGGUUGCGCUUAGGGGACCAAGUGCAGCGGCUUAACAGAUCUGUAGCAUCUACGCUAGCCAACAAGCACCGCAUGGUAGUCCAGGACUAUGUAAAGGACGCAGUUGGCACCUUCUCCUAUGGAGGAGGGGAAGUGAGACAUAAAAUACCAUUCCUUGUCAGCAACGAACUGCCAUUUGACAUGUUGCUAGGUAUGUACUACCUCGAGGUCGCUCAACCUCAGUUCGAUUGGCAUAGAAAGGUAUUGAUCCACAAGUUGCCCAACGGUAGAACCGUUAGACUGCAGAAGUUCAAAGCUAGCAGUCUAGUGGAAAACUACGGGUGCACGUGCGCAUCUUCCUUCUAUAACUACUAUAAGCAGAACCGCGAGGAAGGCAUGUAUCUAGUCUUUGUCUCUAAGAAAGAGGAGGCCGUAAAAUCACCCCCAGAGAUAACAUCAGUCGUCGUUCAGUAUUCCGACCUUUUUGAGGAUCCCACAGGCUCAAAGCUGGCACCUUUCGCAGAGACGGCACAGUUUCCCUCCAGACGAUCAAUGCUGCCCCCAACCAUGGAUGGUGAAGUGGACAUCGACGGAAUCGUGGAGCAUCGAAUGAUGCCAGUGCCUAAACCGUCGGGCAGAGGUCACCCUCCCAAGCCGAAGAUACAAUAUCGUGUCAGCUUCAGACACCAUCUUGAACCCCACGAUGAUCGGUGGUUCACAAGAGAAGAACUCAUGCGAACAACACCUCAAGUGAUUGCAAGCUAUGAAAGAGAACUCAAGGGAAAGAUGCCUGCAGAUUACAAGACUUCUCAGAGGACUGUCGAAGUAAAGGAGGAAGGAAUGCGAGGAUCUGGGUCCUUGGCAGACCUAAGGGGCCCUGAUACAGGUAUGAUAGUGAAGUAUUCAAUGAUAAGAACACAAGUUUCCAUUUCAGUGCUGCCAAGCUAUGGGCAGACAUCUCUUCUCGACAGGAAGAUUCAGCAAAUCACUGUGUCCCUUAUUCAGAACCUUCUGGUAUUCAGUGGUUAUGAAACCUAUCGGGUUGUGAAAGUGGUGCCUCCUCAACCAGUUGAUGCAGGUAUUCAGUGGUUGCAGCCAGAGUCAAACAUGCCAAUUUUCCGCAAGGACCAUAAGGGUCGAAUGGUUGCGUACACCCUCGUCAACCAAGGGAUCACUUUGUCGUGGAAAUCCCUUGCUGGAGUCACCUACAAUUGCCGGCAUGUUGUGCGAGCAUCUGCAUUCGAGGAAGAUGUUCUUGGUUUGAGCGUGAGAACGGAACGUGAAGCGGUUGCCGAUGCAGAACUUUCUCGGAGCUACGGUUUUAAUUGGCGUCAGUGUCCUGUUUCUAAUUCACCUGGAACACAUACUUUCCAGUCCAACGAAUUGCCAGAUGGAUACCAUAAAUUCUCAGUCGUGGAUAGCAAAGAAGCAGCAUCUCCUGAUGCAUCUGCAGUGCACUUCUAUUUUAAAAUGGACGCAGAUGCCCAGGCUCGCCGCAAGGAAGCCCAGGAUCUGCUGCAGCGGCAUGAAGCCAACAGCAUCGACAGACUCAAGUACUGGCAUUUUAAACCGAACGGCGACGAGGCAACACCGGAAGAGAAGCACAAGGAGUUUCUCUCCAAACUCGUGACGCGGUUGUUGUAUGCUUGCAACUACCAACGGUCAGAGUUGGAGAGACAGUACCGGGACCUGACGCAACUGCAUCAGGAGUUGGCGACGCUCCACCGCACAGUGCAGAGCCACGAGGAUGCAACUCGGGCACUCAAUGCCCGAUUGUUGGACUUGGAACAAGCUGUACCAGGACCAGUUGCUGGAGCUUCCAGCAGUGCACCCUCAAGCCGCCAACUGGAAGACCGCGUUGACCACGUAGUGGCAAUGCUCGGCGACAUCAGCACCUUCGCUGCGCCGACCACCACCAUCAGCAGUCAGCUGCAUACAUUGAAGACCGAGGUCCAGAAGCUGCAGUCGACGAACGCGGACGACAAUCUGAAGAUGUACAAGAUGCCAACUUUCAACCUGGAGAGGUUCGACGACUACACGCAGCAGGAUCCCGUCCUUUGGUGGGAAGCAUUCACAACGCAACUCAGGAUUCUGCCAGUAGCCAAGCAUGCGUACAUCGACGCCCUGUUCCUGAACUCAAAGGGCGGAUGUCAGACCUGGUUGAGCCACAUGGCAACCUCCCACGACGUCGACGUACCAGACUUGAAGGACGUAAUCACAUGGGAGGAACUGACACGGCUGUGGAAGAAGCGGUUCAUCGUCGACGACGCGCCGACACUCGCCAUCAACCGUUUGUUCACCAUGUCACAGGGCAACACAGCAACACAGGACUGGCUCACGGAGUGGCAGAAGAUUGCGGCUGUGCCCAAUCUGAACCUACCAUCCGAGCAUCUAUGUCGUGAGUUCUACAACAGGUCCUGUGCGGCAUUGAGCCAGACUCUUGGUGAUCGCGAGCAGUACUCAACCUUCGCGGAGAUCAUUGACAAAGCGAGGGAGAUCAUCAAGACCAACAGGUCAGCUGCACACGAGAAAUCAACAUCAUGGCAGCCGACCUAUGUGGAGAAGGUACUAACUGGUCCGCGACAGCAGCAUUUCGCUGCAGUCCAGCAGGACAGUGGAAAUAACCCAGCAGCCACUCCAUCAUCAAGUGACGGAGAUCAGGUGGCCGCUGUCCAGCCACGAAGCACCAACAAGUCCCGCAACAAUGGGAAGGCGAAAUCCGCAUCGCAGGCCGGAAAUGGACAGCCAGGACAGUUUCCAUGGGUCAAGUUUGGCUUGACCGAGGCGGAGUACAAGCUCGGGAAACUGAGCUCCGCGGAAGGUGAGGCGACUCCACCUUCUACUCCGCCAGAUUCGGCCGCCUUGCUAGCGGCCUCCUGCACAUCUGGGGAGGAUGCGAAUGCCGCAAGUCCUCGGUACACUUACGAGGAUUAUGCUGUCCACUUGGUUCCACCGCUGGACCAACCGCUCCACGUGCAACAGUCCACCGCAUGCACGGUUUCAUCACCAUCGGCAACCGAUUCGGCAGCUUCGCCGCAAUCUAUCGUCGGGGAUUCGACGUCAUGGUCAAGACUUGAUGAGCUCGAUCCGUUGACGUUCACGGACUUCCAGUGGAUGCCCGUUCCCUCGACCGGACGAUUGUCGAAACCGCAUCGCAACUUGCUUAUGGCACAAUUGCGGGACUACUUGCACACUGCAGUACCAGCUCCGUUGAUGGACGCCGGAGCAAAGGUUGUCGACCUUCACGCUUUCAUCGCGAAGAUCGACCGCGAGUUCAAGACGCAACGGUACGACGACAUCGACGCACCAUUGCUAUACAUACCCAUUCAGAUCGGAGAGGCGACCUGCAGUGCCUUGAUCGAUUGCGGAGCAUCUCGCAACUACAUCGGCCAGGACUUCAUGGUACGCGUCGGCCUUGGCCCACAUACUUCAGCUCCUGUUUCCAGGCUGUCAACGCUUGUCACAGAUCCAACUUUCAAGUCAGACACGAUGACGGUAGGGCCAUUCAACCUACAGGCAGUAGACACCCAUGGGCUCACUGCUAUCCAGAAUUCCCAGUACACUAGACCAUACCUGAUUGGGCCGGUGUUAAUCCGCCCCGAGGAAGCUGCAACUGUGACAUGGCUCUGCAAAGUUGACCUGGGCACAUGGACUGUAUGUGGACCUCAGGUCAACAGAAGCAACCUUCUGAUCGGGUCCCAUACAUUGUUUGUUCGAGCAGUGGACCUUGCGGGAAAUGUCGAAGUGGAUCCCACUGUGACCAGUUUUACCAUAGAGGACUUCCGUGAAGGUGAAGGCUGUUCGUUUUCGUACUCACUGAAUGGAGGACCAUUUACACCAAUACAAGGGGAUAGACUGACACUAACUGGCCUCAGCAACACAGGACGGUUACGGCAGGAGUUAGCAGUACUGGCUGCUGACACCUAUGGCAACAGCAAGCAGAGUUUGAUUGCCACUUUUCUAUGGACUGUUGACAGGAGAGCGCCGCACACUGAGCUAGUCGACUUCCGUACAGUGAGUGCGGCAGCAUCCACGGUGACAAUCGAGUUCUCUAACGCCCUUAAACCUGCACUAGGCUUCCGCAUUACUGACUCAAGGGACCCCGAGACAACGGAAAUCCAGCUCUGCCCCGAUGCCCCAAUGCCCACAUCAAAGUGCCAAAUGACCGAGGCCAUGACAAGUCUUGUUCCAGGACGGUACACAUAUACUGUUGCUGCAUUCGACUACCUCGGCAACGCCGAUCCAGAGCCGUUGGUUCUCCGUUGGACGGUGGAUCCGAUAGACACGAUCAUUACCACCAAAUUGAAUGGGAACAGGGUGAAUGUUUCUGUGCGGGCCAUGCGGGAUAGACCUGUCAGGUUCUCAUUUCAGACCAAGCUAGACGGCGGCGCAUGGCAGCAAGGGCACAAUCCCAACUUUGUGAUAAGAGCAUCUGAGGGCCGGCAUGUCCUCCAGGUGCGCGCCGUGGGGUUAGAUGAUAACCUGCCUGAUCCAACGCCAGCCGUCUUCUCCUUCACUGUGGACCUCAACGAUAAGGAAGAGGAGGAGGUUGGUCCUCCUUCUCCCAUUGUUAACAAUACUGGUCCGAUCUUUGUAUUCAAUUCCACCCAGCCUACAUCCAUGCAGACGUACCGGACAGACGACGGCACCUACCUCGCCCAGGGCGACCACAGGAUCAAAGUGGGCUACAUGUCAACGGGCCCGAACUCAUUUUCCAUCCGAGUUUCAAACAAAGCCCGAUCUUCCUCUGAGAACCCACCACUCAAUCACUCCUACAUCAUCAAUCUCGCACCCGGUCCAUUAGAUGAACCUAUGAAAACUGGAUUGUCCAGUCCCUACCUGAACUCUGGAGCGAUGCUCCUCCUCGACGCCGCCCAAGACGGCGUCACCUACGAGUACCGACUGGGCAAGCGCCCACCUGUCUGGGAUGCUGUGACCGGGAAUCUGCUGUCGCUACCUGACAUGGUAGAGGAAGGUAUAUACAUCUUGGACGUCGAAGCUGGUGACACGAAUUCCGACGGUACGCUCGACCUCCAGCCGGCUGAUUUUGUCUCUAAGGUCUUCUCUGAAGAUGGCCUGUGGCCACCUUAUUGCCCACACUGUGACAUCGGGGAUGCUAGCAGCGAGGAGGAUAAGUCUGAGACCGAUCAAGGUUCUGAUGCAGGUGCAGGUGCAGAUUCAGAUGCAGGUCCUGUUCUUGGAACAGCAGUGCCGCUGCCGCCGCCGCCACUAUCAUCCGGAGCGGAGGGGAACGCAGGCGACAGUGACGGCGGCCAGACGUUAGCCCCUGUGUUGCUAACACCGCCCCGUGAAGAUGUAGAUAGCAUUAGGUUCAAGUUGGGUGGGCUGCACAGAUAACGAUGAUGAUGAUGAUGAUCAGGGGCCGGGACGGAUCCGACCGCUAUUCCGUCCAGAGAUGAGUUGAAGAGUCCAUUGCAACUGUGAGUAUAUGCCCUGAGAACUAUUCAUCAGUGCAGCGGCUAUUAGAUAAAUGGGGCAACUACGUUGAUGUCACCUUUGAGUUCCUGAAGUGCAAGAAAGCCCCCGGCCUGCGGACUUCGAAAAUGCGAUGAAAGUACUGAGGCAGUGGUGCCAGGCCGGGUGUCAUAACUACAGGGCUAGGCCGUGGUGGCCCAACGGAUCCUUUUCAACCAAAUUGAGUUUUGGAACUCGGCGGCUGUUUUAAAGGAGGGGGCGUGCUUUUUCUGCCUUUGCGAACUCAAAACCUGCUGUGUCCGUACUUGGUUCUAGAUAAAUAAAUAGCACUGGUCCCAGGCUUGGAACCUCUCCUCCUGUUUUGUCCCGGCUUACCACACGGCCCAUCCACAUCAUAGGCCAGGGCCAAGUCAUGGACCAGGACCUGGAUCAUGGACCAGGAUCUGUAUCACGCAUCAAUGGUAGCUAGAAAUAACACGCCUUAUGCAUGCUGGCCCUGAGUGGAAGAAUAGGCAACAAGUCAACUUAGUCAACUGAUUGGUCAACUGAUUCCACAGCCUUUCAGUGGACCGAGGUAGGUGAAUGUUCAAUGGUGCGCAACGGGUAUUAUCUAUCAGCAAGUUGAGGCUUCAAACCCCCGUACGAAUCCAUAGGAUAUGCCUGUUUUCUGAAGGAAAACAACACCUGAGGAGGGGGGAGGACAAGGGGAGAAGAGCAGGAAAGGGGCCAAAGAGCAAGUGUGUGUGUGUGUGUGUGUGUGUGUGUGUGUGGGUGAGAGAGAGAGAGAGAGAGAGAGAGAGAGAGAAAGACACACAGAGAGAGAGAGAGAGAGAGAGAGAGAGAGAGAGAGAGAGAGAGAGAGAGAGAUCAGGAACAUGUGCUCUCAUACAGAGGGAGAAAGUGAGAGGAAUAUUAUAGAUGGACGAACUGUUCCUUGAUUUGAUUUUUCUGUAAUUACAUCGGAGGCAGAAGGUUAAUAACUCAAGAGGGAUGGAGUGGCCGCGGAUUCCGCAAUCAUAAUUUUGAUGGACUUUUCAUUUCUUUCCUUAUUUUUUUCCCUUCCUUUAUAAAGGGAAAGAGAACGAUUAAUGUUAAGAUGAUUGGGCCUCCUACUCUGGGAAGGAGCACCCGGGUUCGCCUCCAGGUGCUCUUUUUUUUUUUGGGAAGGAGGAGGGCAAGCUCACGUUUUUGUUUCAAAUUUCAACCUUUGCUGAGUUGCUCUCAUCCCUGUCUUUUUCCUUUUCGUGAAAAGAGGAAAUCACCCCUUUUUCAACCUCCUAUCUAUCCGAGUGUGUGUUUUCUUCUGGCAGCUCUUCUAAUGAAAGGUCCCUGCAACU